GCUAAUUGAAUUCUGGGACAGCGAAACUUCUGCGCCGUUGGAUUUUGCAUGAAGCAACCUGCAAAACCCUAAACCCUCAUUCUCUUUCUCUUUGAGCACACAGAUGAGAUGAGGAAGAAGCUUCUGAUCGCAACUACAAAAGGCCUCUCCUUACGCGCCAAUCGCAACAUUAUUCCCAAACCCAACCACUCAGUACCCUUUGAAGUAUGCUAUUCUGUCGAUCCAAUUAAAGUCCACAGGCAUGGGUGGUCACAUGCUGCUACUGUCCCUUCUGAGGCAUCGGAUGCCCAGAAAGGCCCAAAAAGGGUUCCAAGACAUGAAAGAAGAGCUAUGGUGGAGUCUUUUGUGAACAAGUAUAGAGCAGAGAAUGCUGGGAAAUUCCCUACAAUAUCAGAUGCCCAGAAACAAGUUGGUGGCAAUUUUUAUGUUGUCCGGGCUAUCAUUCAGGAAUUAGAAUACAAGUCUAGAACAAAUUCUUCAAAUAGUGUGGAUGAGAUUUUGGUGGAAAAACAAUUUGAUGACAGUAAACACCCCGCCACCAAGUCUGCGAGUGUUUCAUCUGGUAAUAUUGAGAUUGCAAAAUACAAUGCUAUCCAAUAUGGUUCUCAAUCUGUAGAUUUGAAUUACAAGAAGACUGUGAACGCUGGAUAUGAGCAUCAUGAAGGAAAGAGAGAGACACGUACUUCCUGUGGGGAGAGGAGAUUGUUUGAAGAAGUAGAAAUCAUGUCUACAUCAAAUAAUCAUUGCAUUGCACCUGAAAGUAAUCUUGUGAAAAUGUGUUCUAAGGAGCCUUACCCAUCAAGUCUCCAUAUGCCAAAUGAUAUCAAGACAGAGGAAGCUGUCUCUAGUUGUUCUGAUUCUUUUGCACCUGAAAGUCAGCUGCUACUAGAGGAAAGCCAUCAUUUUUCUCCUUUGUCUAGUCAAAAUGAUGGUACUGGUUACGGUAGAGCUCGGGGCCACAAAUAUGACUUUGUUCAUGUAGAAAAUCAUAAAAAAUUGGAUGAAAAGUGCAUUAAGAAAGCAGAUUGCGAGAGAAGGGAGCAACUUGAUUUGGAAGACCUGUCUAGAGAGCUUCCCCAUUCAAGUCUCCAGGUGCCAAAUGAUGUGAAGUGUAGUGAAGAUUUAUCUAGUUCUUCUGAUUCUGUUACCCCAGAAAGGCACCCUCUAAAAGAAGAAAUAGACCAAUUUUCUGCUCCUUUUAUUGAAAAAUCUGUAAGCAGUUGCAGCAAAGGUAAGAACCACGAUUCUAAGUUUGUUGAUAUGGAAAACCAUUCAGCAUUUGAGAAAGCAGGGUAUGAGACAAAAGACAAAGAGGCUGUCGAUGGUUCAAAGCUUGAAAUAGAGCAACCUCAAAAGUCUUCUGAGUUGGAUGAGUACAAAAUGGACAUCCCUAAUACCAAGGAUAAAAAUGUUGCAGUCUAUUCAGAAAAAUCAACUUUGUGGGGAAAUGUCAAGUCAUUUGCUAAUGGCAUCUUAAAUAUCUGGAAAAAAUUGUGAAGCUUGAUGAAAGUGUAUGGUGCAAGUUGUAAGGAUCUCAAUCUUACUGUGCAUCUUAGACGGUAUGCAUAGGAUUCAUGGGAUUCCUAACUCUUUUUAUGUACCUGCAAAUUCUAUUCUCCUUUUUUGCUAUCCUUAGACAUUUCCAGAGGUUUUGAAGCUGAGUUCAGCUAUGAUAAAGCUGCCUGCUCGACUUAUUUGUAAGAUAUUUGCACAUGAGUUUCUAGCUCCUCUGCUCCCUUGGCCCCCAUUUUGGGCGGGAGGGGAUCAAUACUAUAGUUCCCAGUCUAGGUAAUUAGCUUUCCACUGUAAAUGAGUCUCAAAGGAAAUGCUCGAUUUUUCAAAUUUCUCCCCUACUCAAAUUAUGUUUUCAUAUAUGAAUUUUGAGGAGCAGAAUAGAAGGAUGAAAGAAAGCCAAGGUCAGUUUAUGAUGAUGAGGCUUUUGUAUUUUGGAUAGCAUUAGAAGAAUAACCAAGUGGUUUUCAAGGACCGCAUCCCUCCCCUCCCCCUCCAGGCACAAGACUCCAAAAUUGAAGUAUAAGGGUUUUUGAAAUUUUGUUUUGAUUUCCAUCAUUAAGUAUACUACUGAUUACCCUCAAUCCAAAAUAUGUUUAUGUUCUCCAAUCUUGCAAAGCAUGAGCACCAAUUGCUGUGAUUAGAAAUUGAAACUACGGUAACUUAGAGUUAAAUCAGAAGCUAGUCUUAUCCUUUAUAUUCCAUCUUUGUCCAUGUGAUUUGCAUCAGAUUCGAAUGUAAUGUCCAACAUUUAUGUUAGGACCGUCUACCAUAUGGCAACUUUUUGUUUCCUUUUAUAAUAUGUAUUUUCCUUGGUAUCUGACAGAAAGACUUUUCAGGUUAUAAAUGACAUGUAAAGCUAUGCGUUUUUUAAUAGAUGAUAUGAUUUAAUACAAUGCAAUAUAAUAUAAUUUUUUCCAUGCUAUCUGGGUAGAGCACAACAAUUCGGGUUACAUGUAAAACUGGGUAUUGUUUGAUUGGCUCUUUGCCAUCCAUAGACACAAAUGAAACGAAGUGACAGUUCAAUAGAAAUUAGUUCUGCAACUGUGUUAUAUUCAUUAAUGGCAAUGGAUAUAUUUUUUUAUGCAAAUGCUAUUUUUCUAUGCAAUAAUACCUUUGCGAUUUGAGCAAGGAUAAUGUGAUAUUUCGAGGUCAGGUAUAUGUUAGAAAGAGAUUGUUGCUGCAUGGAUACAUCUAAUGCACUCACAGGUACCCAAUUUAAAUUAAAUAAAUAAUUGUAAUGGAGACAAUUUAGGGUAGUGGGUGAAAAAGGUUUCAUAUGGCUUAUCUUGGUGUCACAAUGACGGCUUGCAAGUUGCAGGGCUCCCAUAUGGUGGUAGAUCAUGAUGUCACAAUGAAGGCCUGCAAUGCAAGUUGUAUUGUAUUUUGUUUCUAAAGUUAGUAUUUAAAUAUGUAUCUGCGAUCAAUUUCUUUUAAAGCAUUGUAAAAUAUGAAAUAAGUUAUAUUUAGGAACUGAUAUAUUUCUCCUUUAUCAUUUUAGACACCACUUUGUUAGUGUGGCUUUUUUCUGAACAGCCAUAAUAAUCAGAUGCAGAAACACAGAUGAAAAAGAAAAGAGAUUUUAUCCCAAAUUGGAUGAACAUCUGCAAGGUUAAAAAGGUAAAACAGCAUAGGAGAUGGUGGGAGCUUAUAUACACAACAGAAAAUAAAAAAAACAACUCA